AUGAAGGUAGUCAAAGGUGCAAGUACAGGAGAUAAAACUAGUUACAAUUAUUCUAAACCCACUCCUCCACCGUCUGUUUCAAUUGACGAUCAACUCGAUGAUACAGAUGAAGAUUGGCAGAUGUCAAAAGGUAAUCAUUCACAACAAAUAUCCCAUCAAACGACUAUAAAAGUUGUCUCACCCACUUAUGAAAUGCAAACAAAUGAAGAUAAUACUGAAACAUUAGCGAAACCACAACCAGUUGUACAGCAGACACGAACAUUAGCACAAAUUAGAGAACAACUUGCAUUAAAACGAAAAGCAUCCGCUGCUGCAGCUUCAAAUUCGUCAAAUAAUCAAACUUCUAGUUCAAUGGUUAAUAUUAUUAAAACAGAAUUAAUUACACAAAAUGAAUCCAGUGAACGAACGAUGUCAUCAUUUGCUACUCCUACUAAAAAUCAACCAAUAGGACAAGUUGCUACAAUCCUACCUUCAUCAUUGUUCACCAAUCAAUCAUCAAAUGAUUCUCUUCUUUUGAAUACAACUAAUAAUAAUAAUAAUAAUAAUAAUAAUAAUAAUUCAGUAACACAAUUUUUAUUCGACGAUUUUUCUGAACCGUUCGAUUCAUUUACUGCAUCAAUGAUCGACAAUAUCAGUGAAUCAACAACGAAUAAUCAUCAUCAGAGAAGUCCUCAAUUGCAACAAGAACAACCGAAAAAUAGUUCCAAUAGUCAAAUAACCCUUGAUUUCAAUAGUAUUUUACAAGAAUUAAAAUCUGUCGGUGAAGCACAUCAACCGGAACAACAAACAACUAUGAUCGUUGAAAAUAUCACAGCUAAUAUUAAACAACAAUCACAAGCAGAUACAAAUUCUAAUAAUACAGUGUCCUCGGUCAAAUACGAACCAUCGUCAUCAGAUGGUCUAUUUGCGUAUCUUUCAUCAGAUUCUGCCAUAUCAUUACCAAGCAUAAAUACAAUGAUGCUUUCAUCGAUACCCUCGUCAACUAUAGCGCAUUCACCUGUUCGUACGCCAAAAAAGAAAGGAACUAACGGAGAAAGUUUAUCGCCCAAAAUUAAAAAAGAACCUGGUGGAAUAAUUAAAGCAAAAACAAUUAAGAAAACUAAAAAAGAAACAACACUCAAUGGUGAAUCAUUACAACAAAUUUUAAUUAAAACCAAUGGAGAAUUUAUUGAACCGAUGCAUAUUGUUCUUGCAUCACCUGUUAAACCUCAACAAUCGACAACAUCCUAUUCACCAAUAGCACCAGCAACAAAUAAGAAGAAUACGAAUGAAUCAACAGCGAGUUGGAUGACAACAAAUAUUUCUCAAACAACAAAAAAUGCACAAGCACUUGCAUUAAAAGCCGUAGCAAGAAAUCAAGUAGCAAAAAUAAAUCAACAACAACAACAACAACAACAACAACAAACUAUGGAUACCAGCAAUUAUGAUUCAUCACGUCCAACUUUACUUCUAACACGAACAGGUUCUUCAUCACAACAUCAGACUUUACAAGCUCGUGUAAAUGCAUUUGUAGUAAAUAUGCCUCAACAACAAUCUGCAAAGUUCAAUCCUGCAGCUGGUACAACAUUAACACCACAGCAACAUGUCUUUUUACAGCAAAUAAUGCGUUGCGAUUCUUCAACAACAACUUCAGAACCAACAACAUCCAUAGGAAAUUUUGUACAACAACAACAGCCAAUUUCAACAUCUGUUCGUGUUCCAACCACCACAUCAACGACGACCUUUAUUUCACAACAGCAAGUUCAACAAUCAUCAAACGGAAUCGAUUCGACCCGAAAACAACAACUAUUCGAUGCACUGUCAGCAUCGUUAGCAACAAGUCGAACAACAAAUUACAAAUGCACUUGCGAAUGUAAACCACUAAUUGCUUGUAAAAGAUGUGGCGCAUAUUGCCACGAUGAUUGUAUCGGACAAACUAAACUAUGUGGCAAUUGUCUUGUUAUAGCUCCGUGUUAA